GGGUCCGUCGCCCAAGGCAAGGGCAUUUCUUUUUUAACCUCAUCGUUUUAUUGUUAUUUUAGACUAGAUCUCGUACUGGUUCUUGCUUCUUAUUCUUUUCAUUAUGGUUGCCAUGCGUCCUCUCGCUCUUGCCUUGCUGGCGUCUUCGGUCGUAACCGCACAGCUGUCAAACUACAACUGCGACCCAAAUGCUUGCAAGCCGCCCGCUUGUCGUUGUGCGAGUUUGGCUCCUCCCGUUGCCAAUCCCCCUCAGUUUCUCUUGUUGACAUUUGACGAUGCCGUUCAAGAAGCAACUUGGCAGCAGGCACAGUCUCUAUUGAACCGCAAAAAUCCCAACGGAUGUACUGUCAAAUCGACGUGGUACACUCAAGUCAACUUUAGCGACCCGUUCCUCGUCACACAGUGGUAUGCGCAGGGGAACGAAGUGGCCGAUCACACCAUCACGCAUACACCUCCUUUCACUGGCACUUAUGCCGAAGUGGAGGGCAUGCGCAAGUGGGUCAACGAGUUGGCCGGUAUCCCGUUGGGCAAAAUUACUGGGUUCCGCUUUCCCUUCUUGAACUAUACAAAGGAUGCUCUGGAAAUGCUGACCAAGAUGGGAUUCGAGUAUGAAACUUCCAUGUCGGCCUUUGAUUCUGAUGCCGUCUGGCCAUACACCCUUGACUAUGGCACUGUCAACGAUUGUCUGGGCAUUAUCAACCUUUGUGGUCAAACCAUGCAAACAAAAGGGUUGUGGGAAAUUCCCAUGUAUGGUUUCGUGGGUUCGGAUGGAAAGCAGCACCUCAUGGAUCCUUUCAAUGAUCCACUUCCGACUGCCCCGUCCCUUACGCCAGAGCAACUCACCAACGAUUACAAAGCAACAUUUGAUAAGCACUACAACGGACAAAAGGCGCCAUUUGGUGUGUACGUCCACCCCAUCUGGCUGGGUAAAGGCGUCCCUCCCUCUGUUCCAGACGGGACUGCCAAACUCGCGGCCAUUGCAGCAUUCUUGGAUUAUGCACUCUCGAGACCUGAUACGUGGAUGGUAACGGGCGCCCAGCUGAUUCAAUAUAUGAAAAACCCUGUUCCCGCGUCUCAAUUGGGCGCGCAACCUUACAUGUCGUGCACACCCAACCCAGCGCCCCCGACUGGUAUCUGCAAUGGGCUGGGCGGUAACGGAACCGGCAAUGCUGCGCCGGAGGCCUGCAACCCACCAGAGGGCCCAUUCAGGACAUGCUACGGCUGCCCGUCGGCUUAUCCUAGUCUGGCGAAUCCAUCACCGCAGAGCACAUCCACACGCUGCCGUCUCCCAACCACGUGCGACACCCUCUGGUGGGACCCUGUCGGCUGCAAAUGCCUCUGCACGUCAGAUGCCUGCAAAUGGAAUGACAGUGCCCGGCCAAUCAAUUUGGAUCCCGCGUCCCUCAAUGCCGUCAACAAAACCGGUGGCGGUUCUGGCAGCGCAAACUCCAACACAAAAGGAAAUGGUGCAGGUUCUUUGCAAGCCGGAAUUGUGACGCUUGCAGCCGGCGUUGUUGCAACGAUUUUGAGCGUUCUCUGAGAUGGUGUACAUCGUCAGUAUUUUUUCUUUACAUAAUUUUUAUUAUAUGUAGUCGUAUGUACUUAUUAAAGUCCUGAAUAAAAGGCCGUAAGAAAUAAUGGAGUAAAAGGCAUAA